AUGUCUGCUAGAGCUUUGAAUGACGAUGAGGUUAUUAGCGAGAUGAACAAGAUGGUUGCAUUCAUCAAGCAGGAGGCGAUGGAGAAGGCGCGAGAGAUUCGAGUGAAGGCGGACGAAGAGUUUGCUAUCGAGAAGGCAAGCACCCCUAUGGGCAUGCUCUUACGGGGAACUGACGGUGUGUUUCAAGGCCAAGCUCGUGAAGCAAGAGCAGCAAGCCAUAGAUACCCAGUACGACAAGAAGCGGAAGGGGGCCGAGGUCGCACAGAAGAUGUCACCCAGUCAACACUGACGAACAAGUCCCGGCUGCGGCUCCUCCAGCAGCGCGAAGAGCACCUGCAAGACCUCUUCUCCACGACCCGCGAGUUGAUCGUUGACCUCUCGCGGGACCAGGCGCGUUAUGUGCAGUUCCUCGAGGGCGUCAUCACGCAAGGCUUCCUCCAGCUCCUCGAGCCUGACGUCACCGUGCACGCGCGUGGGUUGGAUGUUGAGGUCGUGCGACGUGCAGCGGACGGUGCCGCGAAGCAGUACACGGAGGUCAGCGGGAGGACGGUCAAUGUUACCGUAGUCGGGUUGCUCAGUGAUGACAUCGCUGGCGGUGUCAAGCUGGUCAGCGGCUCGCAGCGCAUCACGCUCGACAAUACACUAGAUGAGCGUCUGCGACUACUGGAAGACAGGAUGCUGCCAGAGAUUAGGAAUAACUUGUUUGGUCCUAACGACAACCGUAAAUUCUACACAUAA